AUGUCUGCUGAACCAAAGGUAUCUCGUGGGCUACGCUCCCUAAAGUUCAAGGCGUCUGAUAUUCAACCAAAAGCGGAGUAUGAUUCCUUGAAGACAGAAGCUGCAACUAUUGAAAAGUGGUGGUCGGAAGAUCGUUGGAAAAAUACCAAACGUAGUUACUCAGCACUUGAUAUAGCAUGCCUCAGGAACUCUGCAGGCACUAAAGAGACGAGUUUUUCGAAUAGUCAGUCCAAAAAGCUCUUCUCCAUGCUAACUAAGCUUCACAAAAUCGGUGGCUAUUCGCAUACAUUCGGAUCUCUUGACCCUGUUCAAGUUAUUCAAAUGGCACCUCACCUGACUAGUAUUUAUGUGAGCGGUUGGCAAUGCUCAAGUACGGCGAGCACCACAAACGAGCCAGGACCCGAUUUUGCAGACUAUCCCAUGAAUACCGUGCCUAACAAGGUUGACCAGCUAGUUCGAGCUCAACUUCAUCAUGAUCGUAGACAGCACUUCGAAAGAUCGUCAAGGCUUUUGAAGGGACAUCAGCUAGAUUCAGGCGUCGAUUUCCUAACCCCAGUUGUUGCCGACGGGGACACAGGUCACGGCGGCUUGUCCGCUGUAAUGAAACUCACCAAGCUGUUUGUGGAAGCUGGCGCCGCAGGCGUUCACUUUGAAGAUCAAAAGCCUGGAACUAAGAAAUGUGGUCACAUGGGAGGCAAGGUUCUGGUUGCUACACAAGAACACAUCGAUCGAUUGGUCGCGGCGAGGUUGGCAAGUGAUGUUUUGGGAACUAGUCUGAUCAUUGUGGCACGUACCGAUGCGGAAGCAGCAACCCUUUUGGACUCAAACGUCGAUAUUCGCGACCAUCCUUUCAUUCUAGGAGUAACAAGGCCAGGGCUUCUCAGUUUGCGUGCUACUGUGCUAAAUGCAGAAGAUAAAUCUGCUGCUGCUCGAGAAUGGGAGCAAAAGGCCCGGUUAAUGACCUUUGGAGAAGCCGUCUUCUGGCAGAUAGAAAGCCUUGGCAUCUCUGAUACCAAAAAACACGCAAUGAAAUCUACUUGGCUUCGUAGCAAUCCCAAGUCUCUCUCGCUUUCGAAAGCGCGGGCAGUCGCCGAUUCGAUUUUUGGACAAAAGAACUCGGUUUAUUUCGAUUGGGACCUUUGUCGUGCGCGGGAGGGGUACUAUCGAGUGCGAUCUGGAAUCGAGUUUUGCAUACAGCGAGCUUGUGCAUAUGCUCCAUACUGUGACAUCAUCUGGAUGGAGACAGGAAAGCCGGGGAUUCCUGAGGCGAAAAUAUUUAGCGAAGGUGUUCACAAGGAGUAUCCAGAACAAAUGCUCGCGUACAACCUGUCUCCAAGUUUCAACUGGGAUGCGUCUGGAAUGACUGAUGAAGAAUUGUCAGCAUUCAAUGACGAACUAGGCUCUCUUGGAUAUGUCUGGCAAUUCAUUACACUGGCAGGCUUUCACGCCAAUGGUUUGGUAAUUACGAAACUUGCGAGAUCAUUUGCCGAUCGUGGAAUCGUGUCUUAUGUUCAAGACAUCCAACGCCAGGAGCGCGAGAACCAAGUUGAAUUACUUACCCAUCAACGAUGGUCAGGCGCAGAGCUAAUUGAUCAAAUGAUCAACGUCUCUACUGGAGGUGCUUCGAGCACAGCUGCCAUGGGCGCUGGCGUCACUGAAAGGCAAUUCAAAAACGCGAACUAA